AUGACUUUGGGAACUAUUAACUCGAAACCGAAACCGGUUAAUCUUGCUGACGUUGUCGAAAAAGCCCGCGACACGUUCAACUGUGGCGUCACGAGGCCAAUAGAAUGGCGUCGGCAACAACUGAAGAAUCUCCUGCGUUUAUACACAGAGAAUCAAAAUGCUAUGAUAGCAGCACUGCAAAAGGACCUCCGUCGAAGCAAGAUGGAGGCAGUUCUUCUCGAGACCGACUACCUGAUAAAUGAUCUUAAAAACACUCUGAAUAAUUUGGACGAAUGGGUUAAACCCGAGCGGCCAUCAAAAGGCUUUGUGAACAUGCUCGACGACGUUGUUAUUUACAACGACCCCUAUGGCGUGGUGUUGGUGAUCGGUGCGUGGAACUAUCCCCUUCAGCUGCUGCUGCUACCGAUGGCAGGCGCCAUUGCCGCCGGUAACGUGGUCAUUGUGAAGCCGAGUGAAUUGGCGGUUGCCUGCGCGCAGUUCAUCGCCGAAAUGAUUCCAAAAUACUUGGACAAUGACGCAGUGAUAGUGGUAGAGGGAGGUCCUGAGGAAACCACCGAGCUCCUGAAACAAAGAUUCGACUAUAUUUUCUAUACCGGCGGAACCAACGUGGGAAAAAUCGUGUACGAAGCCGCCACCAAAUAUCUUACGCCUGUAACUUUGGAACUGGGUGGAAAAAGCCCAGUGUACAUAGACAGCACUGUAGAUAUCAGAGUCACAGCAAAGCGAGUCCUGUGGGGCAAAUUUAUCAACGCUGGACAAACUUGCAUCGCACCGGACUACGUGCUAUGCACCAAGGAGGUUCAAGAUAAGUUUAUAGAAGCCGCCAGGGACGUACUCAAAGAGUGGUACGGAGACGAAGCACAAAAAUCGCCGGACCUGUGCAGAAUUAUAAACAGUAGACAUUACAGCCGCCUCCAAGCUUUAGUUGACGCUUGCAAAAGCAAAAUCGCAAUCGGCGGUGGUUACGAUCCAAAAGAAAGGUUUAUUGAACCCACCAUAGUGGCUAAUGUGACUGGAGGCGAAAAAAUAAUGGAGGACGAAAUAUUCGGUCCCAUUCUUCCAAUAGUUCCAGUUGAGAACGCUUACGAGGCCAUCAAAUUUAUUAAUGCCAGGGAACACCCAUUAGUACUAUACGUGUUCAGCAACCAAAGAAACAUCCAUACAUUGUUCAAUGAACAGACUCGUUCAGGCAGUCUCUGUGUGAACGACACAAUCAUGUUUUAUAGCGGUAAGGCAAUGAACAUCAUAUCCGUACGAUCUUUUGCAAAAUAUAAUAUGAAAUUAAAAAAAACAGAGAAGCCGCUGGUGCUCUACGUUUUCUCCACGGACAAGAAUGUUGUGUCGAAUAUUGUCGAGAACACUAGUAGCGGCGGGAUGUGUAUUAACGAUACGAUGAUGCAGAUGGGAGUUGAAACGUUGCCCUUCGGUGGGGUAGGCAACAGUGGAAUGGGCGCUUAUCACGGCAAGGCCACUUUUGAUACUUUCACGCACAAGAAAAGUUGUCUUAUUAAGAACUUUGCCGUUAUAGGCGAGAAGCUUGGAUCGAUGCGCUAUCCACCGUACAAUGACAGCAACAUGAGUAGGAUUACAAGAUUAAUGGCUAAAAGGAGUAUGCCGUCAUUCAGUUUCUUGCCAUACCUGUUGACGUUCGCUCUAGGAGUUGGGGUUUCUUACGGUAUCUUCGCGUGGCAGAAGAUUGCUACAGAAGAUCUUUAA